AACUGAGGAUAGCAGACACAGAGAUCGGAACUAUAGUUUGCGGGGACGGACAAUUAAGUCUAAGCGCGAUAGAAACGGUCAGCAACCAUACAGGACGAUGAUUGUUGUAAGCCAAGGAUCAGCAACCAUACAAUUCGUGACCCUCAGAUUGCAAGUCGAGCACCUUAACCACCAGGUCAUGCAAAACAGACAAUUUCACUCACUCGUUAAUACUUCAACUUGAUGCUUAGGAGAAAUUUCAGGGUAUAUGGAGCGAGAUAUAGAAACAGAAGUGUUAUAAAACUGACAGAGUGCCCAAAAUUUCUGUUGUAUUGAGUAACCUAAUAUAGUAUCAGAAAUGACAACAUCGUUUGGCAGAACUUCUGGAGGAUUUGGGUUCUCUAUACCCACCAACAUCGUGGACUUUAACGGAAAAAAAGAAAGAGAAAAACAUUCUAUCCACCAAGAUGGUUGGAUUCUACAAAAGUUAAACAUUCUUCAAGAUUGCCACGAAUUAAGUGACGUACAGUUUUGUGUUGGACAAGGAAACUGUAAGAAAGUUUUCAAAGCACAUCGACUGAUACUUGCCAUGUCCAGUGAUGUCUUUAAGGCUAUGUUUUUUGGCCAGCUCAAAGAAAAGGACAGUGUAGAAAUCGUGGAUGUAUCUCCAGAUGUGUUUGAAUACUUACUAAUGUAUAUGUACGGACGGAACCUCCCGAAAGUAACAAUACAUUUUGCUAGAGAAAUAUAUUACGCAGCCGACAAAUACUUGAUUGACGGACUCAAAGCGUCAUGCCUAAAGCUUAUUUCAGAAAGAUUUUCUAUUGCCAGUGCCUCGGUUGUCUGCGAAUUUGCUGAAGACAUUAAAGACGAAAACCUUUUUAACAAAGCCUUUGAGACCAUUUUAUACAACAUUCAUGAGUAUAUUCGAAGUAUUAGUUUCAGAACUGCAUCAACCAAUGUCAUUAAGAAAUUACUUGGAACUAAACUUUACCUCAGGCAGGGAGAACGUAGAGACAGACGUGCAGGCUCUUUCCACAAUAUGAGCUACCGAGAUAUUUACUCUAAUAUAAAAGACAUUGAUAUAUGGAAAGCUCUUUGUGAAUGGUCCAAAGAAAGAUGUAAAACUGACGGAAAAGAACCCACACCAGCCAACCAGAGAGAAGCUUUGUUACCAAUAUUACCAUAUGUUCAGUUUUUGACUAUGUCAUCACAAGAUUUCACUUGUGGACCUGCCAAAAGCGGUAUACUAUCUGACGAAGAAAGUCUUGCGAUAUUGAUGAAUAUUGUUGUUUAUCAAUCACAACCAUUACCAGAUUGGAUGCUUAAAACAAAAACCAACAGUGAUGUGUAAAAUACGAAACUACAUAGGCGAUCUUUAAUAUUUCUUUUCUUAGAUCUCAUACUAAAGUGUUGAGCCAUAUAAAAUUUUCUAAUGCAGCUUUAUUUGUAGAAUUUUGAAUUUACUGAAAUGUCCUCCAGUGGCACAGCGGUAAAUUUGCGGACCAAUUACGCCACAAAUUGUUUAGUUUUGUGCUUAACUACAAGCAAACAAACAAAUUUACUGAGAUAGGUGAUUAUCAUGGUUGUUUUUUAACGCAAAGCUACACAGUGGUCUAUCUGCAUGCUGUCCACCACACGGACUCAAACCCCCGAUUUUAGCGUUAUAAUUACCGCUGACCCAGCGGGGGGGGGGGGAGAUAAAAGUAGUUUGGUUGUGGUUACUAAAGUUGAGAGACUGAAUUAAUAUCCAAAUUCAUCAUCAUCAGAGUACAGUGAAAAUUUGAAUAACAUGUUUAAUUUGCUUUUUAAAGUUAAGCUUUGUUUACCAAUGUAUGGAAUACAAGAGCACCUGGUAACGUGUUUAUUAAACAGAGCUUAUGACUUGUGUUCUAUGUACUUUAAUUUACACUAUGAAAUUUCGCUUAUACAAGAUACAUUACAUGGUAACGGCUACACACAUCUAUUACUAAAAAUACUAAUACUUUUCUAACUAAGAAACUCACUAAUGUACCUAGACUAUCAACGGCACCCAAACUUACCGUAUACUCGUCUUCCAUACAUUGGUAAACAAAGCUUAGUUUAAAGUUCAAUUUAUUACUUCAAAUUAUCCCUAUAUUUGUGUAUAGAUCUUUACUUAGCAUCGUAAUCUACUAAUAAGAUACUAGCAACAAAAUUAGAAGCUUUUAUAAAUUAUAUCCUUGAAAGGCCAUUAAAAACAAAACAUAACUAUAUUUAAUUUUUAAUAUAAUAAAAUGUGUUUUUUUUCUGUACACGUUUUAUCUCAUGUAACAUUGUUUGCUUGUAAGUUAAAGAAGAUGGGAGUCAGCUAUCCAAAAAAUAUUUUACUCAAGGAAUAUUAGAUUUCAGCAAGCUUAAUUCACAGUUUAACGUACAUUAUAAAAUGUCCUGAUCAGAUCGAUUUUUUUUUUUAAAUAAGGUAUCAUAAAAUACUUUGUAUCUUCUUCCCGAACCCUUUGUGCUUCAUUUAUUUGUUCUUUUGCCAAUUACGAGAGUUCGAAUCCCGAAAUUAUAGAUUUCUUUUAAACACAAAUUAAUUGAAUCAAACCCAUUUUAAAUAAUGUGAUAAGACUUUCGUAUACAUGUUAUAACAAGUGAGUUUUUGAUCCACUCAACAAGUUAAAUUAUUUGAAAGGUAUUUUGUAACAAUAGGUGUAUCAUACAAAAUUUUGAGAGAAUCAAUUAAUGGAUGUCUGAAGUUAAUUUUGUCGCAUAUUAUCUAACUGAAAGCUACAUAAAUACUCGAAGUUCUCAUACGAUUUAAGACUUAUUUAUGGCUUUCAGUACUUAUACUUUGUUCUGAUGGGAAAACUACCUACAGCCAUCCUUAAUAUUGAACUACUAAAAAGAGGACAUCCAGAGAGUCAACAGCACCAUUA